AUGCCAUCUUCUCAUUUGUCAAAGCUUAGGACUGCAUUACAGAGAUCGAUUGUAGGGCAGGAAGGUGGGCUUCAGGACUCACUAGAUGGGCUAAUUGGGCAAGGAAAAUUGUUGUUUGGCAAUUCUAAGUUGUUCCAAUCCAGACCAUUUUCAACUAUCUCAGAUCUCCAUGCGUUUCUUUCACCAGGCACCGUUUUCGCUGCAAGGUCGGAUUCGCAGUUAGUUAACCAAAGAAAGAACAUAUCUGUUGUUGGAGAGAUUUCGCGUAUUAUUUCAACCCCAUCUGUGUCAGGGCCUUCACUUCAGGUUUGUGGCUAUCAUAUUGAUUGUGCGCUUUCUGAGCCCUGUCAGUUUAUAACCAGAAGCAAGUUUCAGAAUAAACCUAUGGCUGCCUGUGGUUCUAGAACUUUAGUUGGGGGAUGCUACCCUGAUAAUUUUACUUCAAGGCGUGGGCUUCUUUCAAUGGUACCCGAAAGUUCGUGUACAUUUUAUAACAACAGGAAAGGUUCUGACUGUUUUCAAGCAGCUAGCAUGAGUUUGAAAAAAAGAGGGCUAUCCAACACUAACGCAAUUUAUGGAUAUUUCAUAUAUGAAGUUGGAAAGAGAUGGUCUAAUUCCUCCCCAACUAAAGGAUCAGGGUCAAGAGAAUUUCAUAGUUCGUCUACAUGCUUAUCUGCAGGGACUGCCCAUGACGUGUCUUUUGAUAAUUCUGCUCCUGAGGAGCAACUUUCAAGUUCUGCAGAUUCAUCUGAUCAGAAGAUUACAGAUGGAAAGUCCCUAAAACUAACUUCAGGAUCAUAUUACCUGCCCCAUCCUGAUAAAGAGGAAACUGGCGGGGAGGAUGCUCACUUCAUUUGUGUGAAUGAACAAGCAAUAGGAGUGGCAGAUGGUGUUGGUGGCUGGGCAGAUCUUGGUGUUAAUUCCGGAUUGUAUUCCAGAGAACUGAUGUCUAAUUCUGUAGCUGCUGUUCAGGAGGAGCCCAAGGGUUCAGUUGACCCUGCUAGGGUAUUGGAGAAAGCUCACUCAAGCACAAAGGCCAAGGGUUCCUCAACAGCAUGUAUCAUAGCACUCACAGAACAGGGUAUUCAUGCAAUUAAUUUAGGUGAUAGUGGGUUCAUAGUGGUUCGAGAUGGGUGCACCGUCUUUAGAUCCCCUGUGCAACAGCAUGAUUUUAACUUUACCUAUCAACUGGAGAGUGGAAGCAACGGUGAUCUACCUAGCUCUGGCCAGGUUUUUACAGUUCCUGUUGCACCUGGGGAUGUUAUAAUUGCCGGAACUGAUGGCCUGUUUGACAACUUGUAUAACAAUGAGAUUACUGCAGUGGUAGUCCAUGCCAUAAGAGCUGGCUUGGGGCCUCAGGUGACAGCACAAAAGAUAGCGGCAUUGGCACGCCAACGAGCUCAGGAUAGAGACCGGCAGACACCUUUCUCGACUGCUGCUCAAGAUGCCGGGUUCCGUUAUUAUGGUGGCAAGCUCGAUGAUAUAACUGUUGUAGUUUCAUAUGUAACCAGUUCGAGUAAUGCAUGA